AUGAAGCUUCUUUCUUCUCCAGCUUCCAGGUGCUCGUCCCAAAGAAAGAGUAUGCUACCUAACAUAAACCAAAGCUUCAAUAUUUUUGCUCACAAGAAAGGUGACAGACAUAAAGGAAAUAGCAACAGGCCUCUUCUAAAAACUAAUUUAUACGGUACCAGGAUGGCUCAGAAGUUAAUGAUUUGGGGCAAGAGUUCCAUUCAACCCCAAACUAAGAUAAAGAAUCCUAUUUCUCACUCUUUAGGAUUGCCUUAUGAAGAGACUGAUCUAUCUUCCAAGUUUCAGAAGAAGAAUCUCCAACAGGAGAAAAAAUGCUUCCGGCACAAUGGUCAGAGCUCUACAAAGCAAGUGCUUCCCUGUGUUUCCCAAAAUUCUGCUAGCUCGAGAGGAACCAUCUCGCCAUUGCCUGUUGGACAAGCGCCAUCCUCAGUAGACCAUCCGAAUCUGAAAUACAGUGACAUGUUCAAGGAAAUAAAUUCUAAUGACAAAGGUCCUGGUAUUUAUGAGAUGUUUGGGACUGCGGUAUAUUCCCGUAAGCCUGAUGGAUAUGGUGAAAGUAAGGGUAACAGGAAUGUGCAUUCUGCUCCAACUGGGUGGCGUAAUGCUAUGAAAUGUAAAUCCAGCCACUUCAGUGGGAAGAAGGGUAGCAGCAUAAGAAGUCCCCAGAAGAAAACGUACCCUAAAUCACACAAGAGUCUCAGUAUUAAACAGAAGCCAAAGGAGAAGGAAGUGGCACCAAAAAAGGUGUCCAGGGUAACAGCCUGCAGUCUAGAACAGGGCAAAGAUGUGACUGUCUCUUGUGCUGAUCUGCAGAUUCAGCCAAAAGGGAGCACUGAAUCAUAUUAUGAAGAUACUGAUCAGCAAACUCAGAUUUCCACUGAGUUUCCUGAACCUGCUGAGCAAAAUGAAGCCUUUCCUAAUUCAGGCUUGUCACCAAUUGAAGAAGUCUCUUUGGAAUAUACUUCAGAUGAUGAUGAUGAUGUUGCUUUUCCUAGGAAAGCAUUUGCCACCAAUGUCCAGGAGUUACUUUGGCCAGAGGUUAAAGUUCAUGCAGAAUAUGCUCCUUUCUUAAACUGUGUGAAAACUACAGAUGAACAAAAUAAUGCUGUAAAGAGUAGAAUCUUAAAGAAUGGACAAAACAAAACAGCUGGUUUGCUUGUGAAGCAGGAAGCAUGCCAGAUUUUACACGAUGAGGAUAAUCAAAAGCCUUCUGCAUCCCCCUUUACAGACCGAACAAGCUCGCUUUCUCCAGAGAAUCUCCAGCUUGGAAAUGCCAGUAUAGCAAAUAUGACAACUCCAUGGACUUGCUAUCUUGCAAACUCAGUCUCUCAGUCAUACACAGAUGUCUUUGGAUAUGAAGACUAUAAGGAAGUAAUGGAAGACAUAUUUUGUUGCUCAGUCACUGAACUGCUUUCUCUGGGUGGAAUAGUUGGCAACAGUUCUAGCACAAUGACCAGAAAUGUAAAUGUGGAGGCACAAAGUGGAGACUGUUGGGAUACAGAUGAUAGAACAGCAGAUGUUAAAAAUAAUAAGAAUUUUUGUCUGGAUUUCAUUGAAUAUGAUGAAGGAAAUCCACUUUUAUAUGGAACUGCAUCUUCAGAAAACAGCUUAAUUAACCAAGAUUCUAUUUUGUGGACUAGAGGUGAAAUCCUUGGAAAAGGAGCAUAUGGCACAGUAUACUGUGGACUUACAAGCCAAGGACAAUUAAUAGCCGUGAAACAAGUAGCACUGAAUGCUUGUGACCAAGCUGGGAAUAAAAAGGAAUACCAGAAACUGCAAGAAGAAGUUGUGAUUUUGAAAAACUUAACGCACGUCAACAUUGUAGGAUACUUGGGAACAGGUUUAGAAGAUAACAUUGUAAGCAUCUUCAUGGAGUUUGUUCCCGGUGGCUCCAUUUCCAGUAUUAUUCAUCGCUUUGGGCCACUGUCAGAAAUAGUUUUUUGUAAAUAUACAAAACAGAUUGUACAAGGAGUUGCAUAUUUACACAAAAACUGUGUGGUCCACAGAGAUAUUAAAGGAAACAAUGUUAUGCUUAUGCCUAAUGGCAUAAUCAAACUCAUAGACUUUGGAUGUGCAAAGCGCUUAGCCUGUGUGAGUCUGACUAAUACACACAGUGAACCACUGAAAUCUGUGCAUGGCACUCCAUAUUGGAUGGCACCAGAAGUGAUAAAUGAAUCUGGCUAUGGAAGGAAAUCAGAUAUCUGGAGCAUUGGCUGCACUGUUUUUGAGAUGGCCACUGGAAAGCCACCAUUGGCUGCCAUGGAUAAACUAGCAGCCAUGUUUUACAUAGCUGCUCACAGAGGACUUAUGCCUUCACUACCCAAACAUUGCUCAGAGAAAGCGGUUGAUUUUGUACAUUUGUGCUUAACAAGGGACCAACAUGAGCGGCCUACUGCCUUACAAUUGUUGCAGCACCCUUUCAUAAUAAGAAACUCAUGAAACUUGGCAGUGCUUCUAUCAAACAAAUGUCAAAUUAUUUUGUUUAUAUGGAAAAAUAACUUUUAA